AUGCUGUACAGGUUGGUUGUGAUGGGCAGCUGUGGCGUGGGCAAGAGUGCGCUGAUCGUCCGAUUGGUUGACAACUGCUUUGAGACAGACCAUUACCCCACCAAGAAAGAUUUCUACACCGAAAUAGUGGUGGAUGGCGAGCCCUGCCAGCUGGAAAUCCUGGACGCUGCGGGCAAUGAGGAGACCCCACAUCGGUUCCGGGACUUCCUGCUCUGGGGGGAUGGCUUCUUCUGUGUCUAUGGGGUGGAUGACAUCAAGUCCUUUGUGGACGUGAACAUCUUCCGGGACCAGCUGCUCAGGGUAAAGAACACCGACCGCGUUCCUUUUGUCCUGGUGGCCAACAAGGCUGACGUGGACAACUGCCUGGUGUCCCCCGUGCUAGGCCAGGAAACGGCCGCGAGCCGCAGGGUGCCCUUUGUGGAGACCUCGGCCAAGACUGGUCAGAACGUGGAACACGCUUUUCAUGAGCUGGUCCGCCAGAUUCGCAGGGUGCGGGCCGAGGAGCUCCCCGAUGCUGAGCGGAACCGGGGCUGUGGGUGCAAGUAUUGCACCAUCAUGUGA